CUCACAUAUUCCAAGCAUUAUUGAAGUCUUUCUCAAAAGCAAAAAAAAAAAAGAAAAAAGAAAAAGGAUUAAAAGAAAAUAAACUCAAAUCCAAAAAAAAAAUGGAGUCCAAAAAAUUCAUCUUUCUUCUUUUGGUGUCCUCUCUACUCUUUUCCAUGACAGAGUGUCAAAUAUUUUCCGGUUCACCUUCCUCAAUGUCAUUUUCUUCUAUGUCAUCAGAUUCACCUUCGGGAUCUCCAUCGUCGUCUCCCUCGUCCUCACCGGUGGCUUCAACCAUGGAAGAAGGAGCUGCCGCGGCAACCUCGGCAUAUGAGAAAUUGAAAAACAAAAUAACAUCCUAAUUUUUUUUCCUACAAUUUUAAAGGCACUCCAUAAUAAUGGCUUUAUUAUUAUUUUUUGUGGAGAGGCAGAAAUAUGCACGGGCAUUUCUGCUAUCUCUUUUUUGAAUGGUCAGAAACUGUUUUUUUUAAACUUAUAGUUAUAGUUUCGUGAAUAAGAGCAAUAAUUCCCUUGUAUUAAAAAUAAAUUCAUAAUAAGUUUGUGAUAGUUUUGAUUUUAUAGUUUGUGAAAGGGGAUGGCUACCUCCUGUUGUGCUAGCCCACGUGCAUGGUCUUUUAGGCCAUCAUGAAUGUAUGCUCUCCAUAUAUACUCGUAAUCAAUCUAAUAAUUGUCGUUGUUAUUACUUAAAUUAUAUAUUA